AUGGAUGGCGGUGAUGAUCACUUCCACCACCGGCCAAACUUCCCUUUUCAGUUGCUUGAAAAGAAAGAUGAUGAAGCCAGCUGUUCAUCCUCCGCCACCGGAGCAUACCCUUCUCUUGCUAUCUCCGCCGACACUAACAUAAACCCUAUUGGUAGAUCCAACACCUCCAAUCUGCAAAUAACAACCACCACCGCCACCACCUCUUCCGCCGAGCCCUCGUCAAAGAAACAACCACCCAAGAGAACUUCAACUAAAGACAGGCAUACAAAGGUCGACGGCCGUGGCCGUCGUAUCCGUAUGCCGGCUUUAUGUGCCGCUAGGGUUUUCCAGCUUACUCGUGAGCUUGGACACAAGUCCGAUGGUGAAACCAUCGAGUGGCUACUACAACAGGCGGAGCCGGCCGUCAUCGCAGCAACCGGUACUGGUACCAUCCCGGCGAACUUUACUUCACUUAAUAUCUCUCUCCGGAGCUCCGGGUCAAGUAUGUCGGUUCCGUCUCAGCUCCGAUCCACUUAUUUCAACCCGAAUUUUACUCUCCCACAAAGGAGGAAUCUUUUUCCGGGUAUUGGGUUAUCUUCGUCGGAGAAUUCGUCAUCUAAUCUUUUGAGUUUUGGUUCGACGAUGAAUCUGAAUCAAAUAUUACAAGCGAAGCAAGAAAUGAGGGAGAAUCCGGUGGAGUUAUCGGAGACGGAGGAGAGUAUGGGAAGAAAACGGCGGCCUCCGGCGGAGCUGGAUUUGUCGUCGCAACACCAACAACAGAUGGGAAACUAUUUGAUGCAGUCAAGCACCGGAGCGAUGGCGGCAAGUCACCCAUCGAUUCCGGCAAACUUUUGGAUGGUCGCUAAUUCUAACCAACACCAAGUGAUGAACGGCGACCCUAUCUGGACUUUUCCGAACGUAAAUAACAGCGCCGCUGUGUAUAGAGGGACGGUUUCCAGUGGCUUACAUUUUAUGAAUUUUCCGACACCCGUCGCGCUUCUGCCAAGUCAGCAAUUGGGGGCUGGAAUUGGCGGUAAUGGUGGUGGCAAUGGAGGCAGUGGCGGUGGCGGUAGUGGUGGUUAUAAUGAAGCGCAAUUGAACAUGCUUGCCGGAUUAAACCCAUACAGACCAAUAUUUGGUCCAGGGGGAUCUGAACCUCCGGCCAGUGGGUCUCAGUCUCACCACCGUGGCGGCGGCGGCGACGGCGGUGAUCGCCAUGAUACAACCAGCCACAACUCGUAGGGGAUUCCCGCCCCCACGAUUGUGUUGUUAAAUUUGAUGUGUAAAACACACGUGAGGUUUGA